GUAUAGGGGUCGACACCUGGUCCAAGGCCGGUCGGUACCGCGAGGCCGGGUGGACUGGGGUAUAUAUAUACCCGGGCGCGGAUAGAACACCGGUACCACACACAUCUCGUCACACCUAACUCUUCAACGUAUCGGACAUGGCCAGCUCUCUUGUCUUCCUUGUGGUGGUGGCCAUUGGUGUCACUUCCGGUCAAAGAAUUAGUUGGGGCAAAUGUCCAGAUGUUCCGUUGAAGAGAAAUUUUCAAAUGAGCAAAUACACAGGGAUCUGGUAUGAGCACGAGAGUUACCCCGCCCCCUGGUAUAGCUCUUCUGUGUCCUGUGGACACUCCUCAUUCACAAUCACUGACGACGGGUCCAUGCAGGUGACCAGCGGGGGCGUCGACGGGUCUGGCCACCCUUAUACAAUGACAGGAUCCGCCAAUAUUCCGGACAAGAAAUAUCCGGCCAGACUUCAGCUGCGCUACUCUAGAUGGUCAACAGACGACUACCAAGUGAUAGCCAGUAAUUAUAGGUCGUUCUCAUUAGUGUACGCAUGUUCAGACUACGCUUUCUUCCGGUCAGAAAAAGUAUGGCUGCUAACCAGACAACGUGGAGAAAUCAACGCCAAGUCCGUAAAACGAGUGUACAAGAUACUACGUACAUACGGGAUCGACAGCGAGCCCCUCACACCAAUGGACAAUGGUCAGUGUUAGACACACGCGGUCAGGGACACAGAACACUCCUAAUAUUUACCUGCGGUCGUGACCUCACAACAAUUUGAUUUUGUUUGUGAUUAACCUGCAAGGACAUGCGCAAGAUAUACACAUUUUGUCGUCAUAAUUGCGAAUAUAUGUGUAUGUAUACGACUUAAUAAAUUACAACGAAAAAUAAAACAAAGACGA